AUCCCAUCCCAUCCCCAGCUCAGCUCACGCCCACACCACAUCUCCUCCUCCUCCUCCCUCACCACCGCCACGACCUCUCGCCAAUACUCGAAUCCUCCUUUCUCCACGCCCCCCAUUCGUGUCUCGGAAAAUACACAUUCCAAACCCUCCCCCAAGAUUGACCUCGCUCCUACCCCCCAGUCCAUUCAACCGCAUUCGGAAACUCCCACCCCCAAUUCCCAUUCAGCUCGAGUCGGAAACACCAUCGCCAAAACAUGUCCUCGGUUGGGGACGCGCGACUCUAAUAUCGACGCCGCUACGGGUCGCGAGUGUAGGAACCCGUGGGGAACUCAGCGUAUGCGUGCGAGGUCAACAGGUACAACGGAGACAGAGGAGCCUGAGGAGCUUGCAAAGGCACAUCACGUUGGGAGAAAAGGACGCAUCUCCCCAUCAUGCGCAUUGGCAUUCGGGAGCAAUUCGCGGUCGUGGUGCUCCUCACGGCGUUGGUGCCUUUGAUGGUGUUGGCUGUCGCAACUUGGGUCAAUCAAUAUGCCUUCGUCACGAACGUUACAGGUCAACAAUUGAGUUUGACUGCGAGUCUAAAGGCUGCUCAAAUUGCGUCCGACCUGCUGUUAAUUCAAUCAACAUGUGCCACGAUCCCUACAAGAAUCAUCGUACAGAAUGCCUUGAGGAAUUUUUACAGGGGGGAUGGCACAGGUGCUAAUUGGACGUAAGAGUCUUUUUUCUAAUACUAUGGUUGAAGGGGAACUGGAGAAGCAGUUUUGGUCCACGUUCCUUGUACCAGAAAAGCUAUUCCUACGACAGUUUUGUAGGGAAGUACUAACUUGUGUAGGGCUGCGAGCACUGAUGUGAGUAGCGCUCUCGCGGGAGGUGGACUCUCAAGCUUGUUACAACUAGUUGUGUACUCUCGGAAUGAGACGGGCAAUCGAAAGGGUCUAUUUAACACAACCGCGAACACAACAGGGAUUGUUUUACCAAACACCAAUGGAGUUCUACUUGGACAAGGAAGUGAGGGAUUUCCGUCAUCGUUAUAUCCCAAUAUUUCCUAUACAAACACCACCAUACCGGACCCUGCGGACAGCUCACAGACUCUGACCCAAGUAUCUGCCUUUGCCGACUUUCCCCUGAACCAAUCUUCCGUGUUGUUGCUCGGGCCCAUACAAAUCAAUGAGACUUAUGCUCUUCUCUCUAUGACCUUGCCAAUCAUUGAUAACCUAAAUCCCCAGGUCUGCUUAGGGUUUAUGACGGUUGUUGCAGCAGCCUCAUCCUUGAUGGAUGUUAUUCAAUCGCGCGAAGGCCUAGGAAAUAGUGGAAUGGUACUGCUGGUUGGUUCGACAAGGCGAGAGAAUAUGUUCAAAUACGAAAUGCGGCCUUCAACAGCGACAUACAAACCUCCACCCGCCGUCAUAGGGAACGCCCAGAUCAAGUAUAUAUUUCCCCCCACCAAUCCUCAGGGCCGCGAUAGACACAGGGCGUAUCUGAAUAAUUGGACGACCAUGGGUUCUUCGAACUUCACCGUUCGACAAUACCCUGCGGUGGUGAACGGGUUUGGUGGAUAUGAUAUAAACGCGAUCAACAAUGCUGGCAGUCUCUUAUCGACACGAAAUGAGAAUAACAUCUCAGUUAGUGUAGGAUAUGCAAGACCUAAGAGUGCCUUGGCAGACUGGCUUCUGAUUAUUGAGCAAUCACAUUCCGAAGCCUGGGCUCCUGUGGUGAAGCUUCGAGUGAUUGUUCUUGCUUGCGUUUUUGGAUCCAUUGGCUUGAUACUUUUUGUUGUAGUACCAACGGCCCAUUUUAGUGUGCGGCCUAUUCGUCGGCUGAGAGAUGCUACGGAAAAAUCCAUCACCCCUCCAGGGUAUACACCAAAUGGGAGUGUGCGAUCUGGACGAUUUGAUGAUACAUCAGAUGUAGAAGACCCGGAUUUACACCGAUCGAAUUCUGCUCAAUCCCAAAAGACUGGCAUUUUCAUUAGGCUAAGAAAUAUGACCAGUGGGGGGAAAAGAAAGACGAAAUCGCAACGUAACGAUGACCACCGACGGCGAGGGUUCAAAAUCCCAGCGAGGGUACAAGACCGGAAGCAUUGGGUCACUGACGAACUCACAGAAUUAACAUGUAUGUCUUCUCCGCUCCUAGGAUUCAGGGGCGUGUGAUAUUAUGGAUAUUGAACAGUUUGGCCAACCAAGAUAUCGAUCAUUGGUAUGAAGAAACUCAGAAGACAGGGGACCAUGUUCUUGAAUUUUCGAGACGUUUUUUAUAUUAGGGGAUAUAUCUUGCGUGGCCAGAUUUCUCAUUUGACAUAGUUUUCACACGUCCCUUGUAAGUCCAGAAAACUGAUACAUGUACUAACACUUUAUAGCAACCUUCAACGAGAUGACUGACGAACUGAUGCUUCAAUACCAAGGGCUGGAAGAAAAAGUAGCCGAGCGAACGCGCGAGUUGGAGAUUAGCAAGAAAGCUGCCGAAGCUGCCAACGAGAGCAAGACAUUGUUUAUCGCCAACAUUUCUCAUGAGCUCAAGACACCUUUGAAUGGGAUCCUUGGGAUGUGUGCUGUCUGCAUGGGCGAAGAUGAUCUUCCACGAAUCAAGAGAAGUCUCCAGGUAGUUUACAAAUCCGGAGAUCUCCUCCUUCAUCUAUUGAAUGAUCUUUUAACUUUCAGUAAGAAUCAAAUUGGGCAACAAUUGAGUCUCGAAGAAAGAGAGUUUCGUCUGUCAGAUAUCAAAACUCAAAUUGUAACGAUUUUCACCAAACAAGUUCAAGAAAAGAACAUACAAUUUGCGGUCAGAUUCGUCGGUACAGACACCGAUAUUGAAACCGAUGGGAUGACCCAAAAGAAAUUACCUGCUCUCGGCCCACAAGGCACGGGACGACUGAAAGAUAUGAGGUAAGUUUACGACUUGAUCGAUUGUUUUGUUCCUUACUAUAUACUAAUUCAUUGCAGCCUAUGGGGUGAUCAACACAGAAUUCUUCAGGUCGUCAUCAACCUUGUCAGCAACAGUCUAAAAUUUACACCAGCAGGUGGCAAGGUAGAAGUGCGAAUUAAAUGUCUUGGGGAGGUUGAAAGUACAUCAGACGGUAGCCGAAAUUCCUUGCAGUCCAAGGAGUCAACCAAACAGGGUUCACAGAAGCGCUCGAGAGGUCGCCAUCAUGAUACUGGAUCCAACGCAUCUCAGAUUUCUCGGAAAGCCUCCGACUCGUCAGGAAAUAAAUCACCUCAGGGGACGGCAUUGCAAAUCAAUCCCAUGGACCCAGCCGCAGCACCAAAGGUUCAGAUUCGAGAGCGUUCGCCAACUCCACCUCCUUCGAAUGCACGAACGUUAAUGUUCCAAUUCGAAGUGGAAGAUACUGGCCCUGGCAUUCCCGAAGGUAUGCAGGAGCGUGUGUUUGAACCAUUUGUUCAAGGUGAUCUGGGCUUGAGCAAGAAAUUCGGAGGGACGGGGCUAGGACUCUCCAUCUGCCACCAACUCAGUCAAUUGAUGAAUGGCGAAAUAUCGCUUGUGAGCUCACAGGCCAUUCCAACGGGCACCACGUUCAAGGUCAAAAUCCCGCUCAAGUACACCAAGUCACGCGCCCCUUCCACGUCAAGCUCAGACGUGCAUGGCCCCUCGCGCUCGAGAAGUGCGGAUAGCGUCCACGUCGACGGCAGUAUACCUCCACCAGCAGGUGCUGCAGGUUCAAGUUCGAGAAAUAGUGGCGACUUUGAAAAAGAUGCCCAGCCGAGAUUAAUUGGGCUAAGCCAGCCUUUCUUUGCAUCCAACCCAGGCACAGGCACGUCUCCAGAUGGCAAAGCAAAGAAAGAAAGUAUACCCGCCCUAGGCAAGUCGAAAGAGCCCCCAAAGAAGCUUCGGAUUCUUGUUGCGGAGGAUAAUCUUGUGAACCAAGAGAUAGUGAUUCGGUGAGUUCUUCCCUCUCGGGUGAGGUCUGAGAUGCUAACAAUCCAAAAGUAUGCUGAAGCUGGAACACAUCUAUGACGUUGAAGUGGUAGUAGCGGAAGACGGCAAGCAAGCUUACGAUAUUGUCAAGGAAAAUAUGGACAAGGGUCAAUACUUCAACCUUAUCUUCAUGGACAUUCAGGUAAGCUUUUUUCAGAUUACUGACUACAACUUAGACUCUAGCUAACAGAAAUCAGAUGCCAAAUCUGGAUGGUCUUCAGAGCACUCGACUAAUUCGCCAGAUGGGCUAUAGCGCGCCGAUCGUUGCUCUUACUGCAUUUUCGGAAGAAAGUAAUGUCAAGGAGUGUUAUGAUUCUGGCAUGGACCAUUUCCUUAGCAAGCCAAUCCGUCGACCUGCUUUGAAACAAGUAUUGCAAAAAUUUGCAACAAUACCAGAAGAAGCGGAGAACUCUUCUGCGGCCACUACGCCAGAGGAGCAUAGGCACUCUAGCCGCGAAUUAUCUUUGCCAUCUGAUAAUACAGAUGCCACUGCCGAAACAACAACCAUUGCGAAUGGGAGCAUCCCGAGACCACUCUAA